AUGCUCAAACUUUCACAAACAGAAAAACAAUUCAUCGUUGAUGGUGUGGAACAAAAUUUACGGAAUGAUGGAAGGGCUCGUUUGGAUUAUAGAGAUUUCUCGCUAGAGACUGGAAUUGUUUCUCAGACCAAUGGGAGUGCUAGAGUUAAGCUGGCUAAUCAUACGGAUGUGUUGGUCGGAGUCAAAGUAGAGAUUGGAGAAGUAGAUCCUGAUUUUCCGGACCAGGGACGUUUGGAGGUACAUGUUGAGUGUUCUCCGAGCGCAAGUUAUGAGUUUGAAGGAAGAGGAGCUGAAGAAAUUAAUGCACAAUUGAUAUCUACCCUUCGGAAUCAGUUGAAAAAUUCAUUUGCGAUGGAUUGGACAAAAUUGUGUAUUGUAAAAGGAAGACAAUGUUGGAUUCUAUAUGUGGACUGCAUUGUAUUGGAUUCCGCUGGAAAUUUAUUUGAUGCUUUGGCAAUUGCUACCAGAGCUGCGUUAUAUAAUACAAGAAUACCAAAAAUUGAAGUCAUUGAAAUUUCACCAACAGAAACAGAGUUUGAAUUGAGUGACGACCAACACGAGUAUACGCGAAUUGAUUGCAGUAACAUACCGAUUUCUGUUACUCUAGGGCGAAUUGGAAGCAAGUUUAUUGUUGAUCCUUCACUUGAGGAAGAAGAAUGUAUUUCUACUCGUGUGACAGUGUCUGUAAAUAAGAAGGGAAAUAUUUGUUCUAUCAAAAAGAGUGGUAAACAUACAGGCAUCAAUCCAAGCGAACUGACAAAGAUGCUGCAGACGGCUCGUAAAAUUGGAACAACAGUAUUGGACGAGUUGGAUAAGUUGCUGGAAAAGGAAGAAAAAGUCGCAGUGAAACAAGGAUUCUUCACAGAUUAA